GUCGUCACCGGGCCUCUCGUGCAUCAUGUCGCUCAUCCGAUCGCUGCGUCCACUGGCGCUUGCCAUCCAGCCCGCUCUCUCGGCCUCGGGCGUGCGCCAUAUCCCAAUCCGUGCAUAUGCCACACACAAGGGUGUCCUGACUCCCGAACGAGCUCGAUAUGUCGAACAGAAUCCCCCGCGAAGCCGCCGCGGUGUGCCUCUUGACGAACGCCGAACGUUUCUCUUCGAGUUCUACUCGGAAAUCCUCGCCCAGCCAACCUUCUUUGUCUUCAACGUCUUCAACCCCUCCGCGUCCGAGUAUGCCGAGCUGAAGCGACAGUUCAAGAAACAAGGCUUCGAUCUAACCAUGGCCCGCAAUGGCGUGUUCUCGGCCGCCAUCAAGGCUGCUGCUGCUGAGUCUGGGAACCCAGCCCUGCUCGAGCUGCGAAGUCUGUUUACGGGACAGUGCUGUGUUGCCUCCUCCAACGUCGCCGAAUCCGAGCGACCCAGACUCACGGCCGAAUUCAUGACCCUCGCCGAUAAGUUCAAGGACAGCAUCCUCGUUGUCGGCGGCAAGCUCGAGACCACCGCACUGUCGCUCGAUCAGCUGAACCAUGUCAAGACUCUGCCUGGCCUGAGCCAUCUGCGUGCCGAGAUUGUUGGGCUUCUGAGCUAUCCUGCCCAGAGCCUGGUCAGCACCCUCAACACAGCACCCUCGACCCUGAUCCUCUCGCUACAGCAGCACGAAAAGAACCUCGAUCCUGCUGCCGCUGAGUCGUCGUGAGUGCAUCCCUCUCUUCCCCCUCCCUCUAUCUCUUGUCUCUGCCCGGGAUCGGCCUGGGACAGGCAAGCGACUCCGUCCACCGCCAGCAGGCCCCACAUUCGCAUGCAAUAAACCACAGACUAGCCAACC